AAUUGAGUACAUUUGUAUUAAAAGACUGUACAGUUUGCUGUCAAUCAGUUUCAAAGUGGCCAUGGCAGUGACUGGACUAAGAACAAUUACUUAUUUCAUUUUUUGUCUUGUGGUAGUGAUAAACGCCCGUAAGUGUUAUACACAAUCACAAUAUACAGAUGAUUCUGAUUACAAAGAUUUAGAAUUUUAUGAAGAUAUACCUGUUAAUUAUAUUGAAAAUUUUGAUAAAGACCAUCUGGAUAUGGUUCAGGAUGAUUUCUAUAUUUUGAGUAAUUUCGAAGAUGCGAAUAUACAAAAUAACGUUUACUCGCAUAAAAAUGAUCUUCAAAUUCCGUUUGAAAAUAAUGACGAUUCCUUAAAAAAAAAAUCAUCAGUUCCACAAUUAGAAUGGUAUAAACCUGACAAGGUGUACCGGUACACAAAACAUCGAAUUCCUGGAUAUGAUUAUGAAGAACUUGACUAUAUGAUCACUAAACAUUUUCAACAAUGCGAUGAAAGAUCUGUUUGGACUCAUUGUCUUUGUCAAUUUACAUGUUCAGAACCAGAUAUGGUAGAUUGUUAUACGCCAUGUAAAAGUGGAUGUGAAUGUAAAGAGGAAUAUGUAUUUGAUGAAAAAACGCAACAAUGUCUGUUACCAGAACAAUGUUUUCUAAAAGAAGACAAUUUUUAUAUCACAUAACUUGUAUAAGUUAACACACAUCAAAAGUGCAAUGUUUUUAUUGUACUUCAACACUGAUGACGCUUUGUAGCACAACAGGAUACUAAAUUUAUAUUAAUUUGAAUAAAAUAAUGGAAAGGUUUGUAAAAUCGAAUAUAAAGUGUUU